CCUGACAUCAUUGGUCUAUAAGUGGAUAUACCGAGGCUCCAUGUAAGAGCUCCCUUUGAAGGGCCCCACCGCCCCUGCUACCUCGAGAAGCCGCGGUUCUUUGUCUGCCGGAGCUUCCAUUUGAUUUCUGCCUCAGCGUCCUGACAACUUCUUCAACCUCACUUCGGGAUUUUGAACCUUAGAAGGCUUCGUGCUGAAGCUGUAACUGUCCCAGCUGUACUCGAUACCAUUCGUGGCUGCCAAGCGCCUAGAAUCUUGGAUCCCGAGUUGAGCAGGCUCACUGUGCGACUGCGGUCCUCCGACUUCGACCUCCCGCGCUGCCUUCCGAAAUCCCACCUAAAGUACUCCAUUGCACCCGCUCGCGAACCGACCCUUGAUACCUGCGAAUAGGCCGAACACUUGUCAGACGGACGCAAUCAUGUUUGGGACACCGGAUCUCCAGAUGCAGCGCGCUCACGAGCUGGGGGCGCCGCCGCCAAAGGGCCAGCCAUACAGCGUACCGAUUCCGGGCUCACAAAUCGAGGGCCGCAGCGCCGUGUACCGGAACUGGAGGUUCGUCGACAAGCCGUUGCUGGAGACUUUGGAUCCUGCGAUCACAACGGCGCACGAAGCUUUUGAGGCGGCUGCUGCGCGACAUCCCAAGAAUAAAUGCCUAGGCCACCGCCCGUACGAUCCCGUUACAAAACGUUUUGGUGCAUACGUAUGGCAGGACUAUGAGACGGUUCAGGGACGGAGGAAGAACUUUGGUGCCGGCUUGGUGCAUCUGCACAGGCAGACGGGCGUCACGGAGAAGACAUAUGGCAUUGGUCUUUGGUGCCAGAACAGGCCCGAAUGGCAGAUAACUGAUCUGGCAUGCAUGUCCCAAAGCCUAUUUACCGUCUCGAUAUACGAUACACUGGGUCCGGACACCACCGAGUUCAUCAUCAACCACGCCCAAUUAACUUGCGUCGUCGCGGGCCUGAACCAUGUAGCCCCCCUUUUGAAGCUGAAGCCGCGGCUGCCGUCCCUCAAGAUCAUCAUUGCUCUGGAUCCUCUUUCGGCUGGCGAGCUUCCUGGGCAGUCUAAAGGGGAGUUGCUGAAUUCGCUGGCCAGUGACAUGGGUGUGGCCAUCCAUUACAUCCAAGAUGUGGAAGCCUUGGGCGAGAGACAGCCAAUCCCUUACAGUCCACCGAAGCCGGACGACCUGGUUACGAUUAACUACACCUCUGGGACGACAGGCGACCCGAAGGGUGUUGUGCUCACGCACCGCAAUGCCCAAGCUGGAACCUGUGCCAGUAUGAUCCUGAUGAACACAGACCCAAACACCAUCAUUUGCUCUUUCCUCCCGCUCGCGCACAUCUAUCAGCGGCUGGGAGAGCACACGGCGCUCGCAGCGGGUUCCGCUAUUGGCUACUUCCACGGCAAUAUCGCCGAGCUGGUGGACGACUUGAAGAUGCUCCGGCCCACCGUAUUUGCCGGCGUUCCGAGACUGUACAAUCGGUUCGGAUCUGCGAUCAAGGAGGCCACGGUCCAGCAGUCAGGCGUCAGAGGCACGCUUUCGCGGCACGUCGUCUCUAAGAAGCUGGCUGCCAUCAACGACAAGCACAAUCCCACUAACAAGCACGCGAUUUAUGACCGCAUAUGGGCAAAGAAGGUCGCAAAGGGACUAGGCCUCGACAGGUGCAAAGUAAUGGUCAGCGGCUCCGCGCCCAUCGACCCCAGCCUCCACCAGUUCCUCCGCAUCGUCUUCGGCAACAACUUCACCCAAGGCUACGGCCUUACUGAAACCUACGCCGUGUCCAUCGUGCAGACGGAAGGCGACUUCUCCGCGGGCAACUGCGGCGGCGUUACGCCCAACUCGGAAUGCUGCCUCAUCGACGUGCCAGACAUGGAGUACCUUACCACCGACAAGCCGCACCCGCGCGGCGAGCUACUCAUCCGCUCGACUACCCAGUUUCGGGAGUACUUCCACAACGAGGAAGAGACCAAGAAGGCUCUUGAUGCGGACGGCUGGUUCCACACAGGCGAUAUCUGCUCCAUCGACGAGCUCGGCCGCUUCAAGAUCAUCGACCGCAGGAAGAACGUGCUCAAGCUUGCCCAGGGCGAAUACAUCUCCCCCGAGCGCAUCGAGAACGUGUAUCUCGCCAACUGCGGGUGGAUGGCUACCGCGUACGUGCACGGCGACUCGCAUCAGUCCUUCCUCGUCGGCAUCUUCGGCGUCGCGCCGGACCUCUUCCCCGCCUUCGCGUCAAAAGCCCUCGGCGAGAAGAUCGACCCAGCAGACACGGAGAAACUACAGGCCGCGCUAGGGAACAAGAAGGUAGAGAAGGCAGUGCUCAAGGAACUGGAUCGCAUUGGCAGGAAGAACAAGUUCAACAGCUAUGAAAGGGUGAAGAGCGUGAGGCUGUUCUUGGAUCCGUUUACGGUGGACAACCAGCUUUUAACCCCGACGCUCAAGUUGAAGCGUGCGCAGACGGCGCGGGCAUAUAGAGAUCAUCUGGAUGAGCUGUAUGACGAGGCCCUUGUCGAGGAGGCGAACGGCAAGGUGAAGGCGAAGUUGUAAGUAUGUGUAUACUAUGGCGGGUGGGGGUGGAUG